AUGUCCGAUCUGACAGUUGUGGGCCAGCCGCUGCGCGUGGGCGACAAGUUUGUGGCGCAGCUGAGCAUGCGAAGGAUCUUUAACACAAAAUGCUUUCGCAUCGAACGCUAUCAGCACGAGGUGGCCAAUCAUUAUCGUGACUUUAAGCUGCAGCAGUCGUCGCUGCCGUCGAGUCGCAGCUGCCACCUGCCGCGUCAGCCGCGUCGGACACGCAGUCGCCUCCAGCGUCCAAGCUUUGGCUCGCCCUGUGCUCAAUUCCGUGGCGAGUUGCCCGCCCAUGUGCACUAUUUUCCAAGAUUCGGCGAUACGUAUGCGCCCCGUGGCCGGCAAACGAUUUGCUCGGCUGAGCCACCGGACGACACCUACAACGACACGGUGCGACGCAUCAGGUGCGCCCACAGCAGCGACCAGCUGAAGGCGCUCGUUGAGCGGCAUUUGAACUGACGCAGUGGCGUCCGCGGCAGCGGCGCCGGCAAGAGGGGGGCAAUUGGAACGGGCACGAGGACGUGCCAUGAUGGCAACCACAAAUGGCAACAAGACCAACGUGACCAAGACGGCAUACGCAGCGGCAGCGACAGCAGCACAAGCAGCAGAAAAUAUGAGCAGCGUGUUCUAAAUAUUAAUACGGCAAAGGUGGAAAGCCUACAACGGCAGCAACAGCAACAGCAGCAGCAGCAGCAGCAGCGACAUCAUCGCAUCGAUCUGUGUACAUAUUUGCAACUGGCCAGUGGCUACUACGAACGGGGGUUGCUUGCCAACAUCAAGUACCUGCAAUCGAUUGGACAGCGUAAUGCAAUAAAGCAGCAGCAGCAACAGCAGCAGCAGCAGCAGCGCCACAGGCAGCGACGCUACUCAUUGAAAGCCUGGCCGCAGCAGCAAACAGUUGUUGAUCAGUCGCAGCAGCAUUUGAGUACAUUUUUGAAGAAUUUGCGCCAGCGCGAGCGUUGCCAGACAUUGCUUGACCAGGGCUGCACAACGGAUGCCAUUAGUGUGCACAUAACGCCAGUGCUGCGCGCCGCAACGGACAUGUGUGAUUAUGCGAGGCAGUGUGGUGAAAAUAGCAACAAUAACAUUGAGAGUAGCAGCAGCAGCAACAGCAGCGAUCGCAGCAGCAGCACUAACAGCGCUUUAACAGCGGCAAUCGAUCAACGCAAGCUGUACGAAAUUAUCGAUAACUUGAGCGAAUUGAGCUUGCACGAUAACAGUCUGCCGCUCAUUACGCUCACGGACUACACGCAACAGGUGGCGCUUUAUGGCGCCAAUUUGGAUAUUGCCGGCGAUUGUUUAGUGCAAACACCCAACGAAACCGAACCACCAACAUAAUAGAACUGUUAUACGCGACAUCAGCAGCGACAAAAACUGCAAUUAAUUGCCAACAACAAACAACAAAAUAAAAUAAUACAAAACAAAAAUAAAACAAACAAGCAGCUAAAAUAGACAACAAAAUAAACGCUGAACAAAGCAAAAACGCGCACGUCAUCGGAAA